AUGGGUGCUGCACCAGCCGGCGGUUCGCUCAAGCGUUUUUUCAUGCCCAAGAAGUUUGCUUUCCACUUCUUCUUUUGGGGGUUCCAUUGGGCACUGUUUGCGAUAGGAUGGUGGAAGCAAGCUGGAGACAUUCGACUAGCACCUCUCAACGGUCUUCAGUACUCUGUAUGGAUAUCUCGAGGUGCUGGAUUGGUUCUGACGGUCGACACAAUGGUCAUCGUUAUGCCAAUGUGCCGAAACAUCCUCCGUUGGCUUCGACCCAAGGCUAGAUGGCUACCUCUCGAUGAGUCGCAGUGGUUCCAUCGUCAAGUUGCUUACGCUAUGCUUUUCUUUACUGUCCUGCAUACGUCAGCGCAUUAUGUCAACUUUUUCAAUGUUGAACGUGUACAAGUGCGACCUCAGAUUGCGCUCCAAAUCCACUACACCGAGGCAGGUGGUAUUACUGGACACAUGAUGCUUCUAUGCAUGCUUCUGAUCUAUACCACUGCCCACCACAGGAUCCGACAACAGUCGUUCGAAACUUUCUGGUACACCCACCACCUGUUCAUCCCGUUCCUGCUCGGUAUGUACACGCACGCAACGAACUGUUUUGUUCGAGACAGUGUCCCUGCCUUCUCUCCCUUUGACAAGGACAACUUCUGGACGCACUGCAUUGGGUACGAGGGUUGGCGAUGGGAGCUUGUUGGUGGUGCUCUAUACCUCGUCGACCGUCUCUACCGAGAGAUCCGCUGCAGACGCCAGACCGAGAUCGUCAAGGUCGUCCGCCACCCGUACGAUGCCGUUGAGAUUCAGUUCACCAAGCCCAGCAUGAAAUACAAGCCGGGCCAAUGGCUGUUCCUUAACUGCCCUGAAGUCAGCUACCACCAGUGGCACCCCUUCACCAUCACGUCCUGCCCCAAUGACCCUUAUAUCUCCGUCCACGUUCGCCAGGUCGGUGACUUUACCCGCGCCCUUGCCGACGCUCUUGGUGCUGGGCAGUCCCAGAGCAAGCUCUACGACGAGCUUGAUCCCAUGGGCAUGUACGAAAUCGCACUGCAGCACGGCCAAAAAAUGCCCGCCCUCCGCAUCGACGGUCCAUACGGUGCUCCCGCUGAAGACGUAUUCGAGAACGAAGUCGCCGUCCUCAUCGGUACAGGUAUCGGUGUCACACCCUGGGCCUCCAUUCUAAAGUCCAUCUACCACAUGCGCCUGUCACCCAACCCGCCUAAGCGCCUGCGCCGUGUGGAGUUUAUCUGGGUCUGCAAGGACACUAGCUCGUUUGAGUGGUUCCAGACGCUCCUAUCGUCGCUGGAGGCCCAAAGCCAGGGCGCAAGCGACGGCGACCAGUUCCUGCGGAUCCACACCUACCUGACGCAGAAAAUGGACGCCAACACGGCGCAGAACAUUGUGCUCAACUCUGUCGGCACCGACAAGGAUCCGCUCACGGAGCUCAAGGCUCGCACUAACUUUGGCCGUCCAGAUUUCCCGCGUUUGCUGUGCGGUAUGCGCGACGGCCUGUUAGACCGCACGUAUAUGAAUGGUCUGGAGAGCACGCUGAAGACGGAUGUUGGUGUAUACUUCUGUGGACCGAAUGUGGCGGCUAGGGAUAUCAAGCAGGCGUGUAAGGAGGCGACGUGCCAGGAGGUUAAGUUUAAGUUCUGGAAGGAACACUUUUAG